GACUUAUAGUUGCCUGCUAACAUAUAUAAAUGACCGACUUGGUUCAAAGAAACCGAAAAUAUAUAAAUAGUAUGGUAAUUUAAAAAGCAUCAUUACAUUUAGCUAAAGUAAAUUCAAGAUUUAGAGUCUACUUUACUCUAAUUAAAAGUAGUUCAUAGCAGAAAUGAAGCUAAUCGUUGCGGUAUUAAUGAUGCUAGUUUGCGUGUACAGCAUGAGUAUUAAAAAAAAAGUACCUGAAAGUCACGAUGCAUCAGCCAAAAAACAGGUUGUAGCAGAAAUUAAAUCUGAAUUAAAGAAACGUAGCGAUGACGGUAAUGAGAGUAUAUGCGAUGAAGAUGAUCAUGAUUGCAUUCAUGAAGAAUGCGGUGAAGAUGUUGAAGAUUGCGACGGUGAUGGUGGUAGUGAAAGUGGUGAAGGUGAAGAUAAAAAAAAAAGGGUAAACAAAACGAAAAAAGAAAGUAAGAAAAUAAAUGCGAAGAAAACAGUGUCAAAUCAUGCAGAGAAAAAUUCUAAAAGAUCAGUGACUACAAAAAAGAACAGUGAAAAAAAGCCACAGAAUAGAAGAGGCGCAAAAGAUCAUAAAAACCUUAAAGCUUAAAAAAACUUAAGAAAAAAUCCAUCAUCUGCAAAUUUAAUUAUUGUAAUUUUGUAAACAUUAGUGCGAUUUUUAAUAUUAUGUUUUUUUUAUAAUGAUUGUUUUUAGUUGUUGUUCAUCAUCACAAGGACAAAAUAGAGUUUGCAAUAUACCCUAUAUUAACACA